GCGAGAGUGAGGGGAAAAAAACUACGGUGCUAAUGGCUUGUUAGCCUUGUAUAGAGACGGUUUCGCUUCCAGCUAGAUGGAGGAGAAAAUGCCUGACUGUUUUUAAGGAAGGGUUUCCAGAGAUCCUGAGACUGGGAGCACUUCCUGUUUAUCAUCAUCCUCCUCAGGGUGGAUUUUGAAGAUGUAGCCAAGAGUGAAGUGGGUCAUCUCUGCAGUACCUCACCAUUCCUGCCCAGGCACAGGAAGCAGCGUGUCCACCACCUCCAUCCCAACUCUGGAGCACUUUGACUCCUAACCAGGGCUGCCCACUGCGUGCCCCUCAGUCAGUCCGUCCGUCCCUGGUUGAACACCCCACUGUCCCUCCUCAGCCAUGCUGUUUUCCCUGCGGGAACUUGUCCAGUGGCUUGGCUUCGCCACCUUCGAACUCUUCCUCCACCUGCUGGCUUUGCUGGUCUUCAGCAUGCUGGUUGCUCUGCGAGCCGACAUGUUCACCCCGGCGCUGAGCUGGUGGCUGGUGUUCGUCCCUCUGUUCGCAGCCGACGGCCUCAGCACCUACUUCACAGCCAUCGUGUCCAUCCGGCUCUACCAGGAGAACGAGAAGCGACUGGCGGUGCUGAGGCUCCUCUGGGUGCUGACGGUGCUCAGCCUGAAGCUAGUGUGCGAGGUGCUGCUGUGCCAGAAGCUGGCGGAGCAGGAGCAAGCCAGAGACCUGUGGUUCGGCCUCAUUGUGUCGCCGCUGUUCAUCCUGCUGCAGCUGUUGAUGAUACGGGCGUGCCGCGUCAACUGAGGAGAGGCGAAUCAGCGGUUGUGCGUUCAUGUUACCAAAACACAGGAGCAGAGAGCAAUCUUCAUCUGCCGUUAGAGAUUUAAAGCUUAACAAUGAUGUAAUUUUGUCUUUUGGCUUAUUGUCACCUCUAGUUAAACAAAACCCUGGUGAGUUUUGCAUAGGUCACAAUACAAUUGUGUUUCUAACAGCAUCAAAAUGAACAAAAAUAGCCACUGCUCACUCAAGUUAAAAUGCAGUAUUUCCAAACAGAAGCCGACAAUCUACUCUGUGUAUUGCUAAAAUACAUGUAUGACCCUAAGUAAGUGGACAUUUCCAUCCACAUUUUGGUCAGCAGCAGAGAAUCAGAGAAGAUGUCAGAGCAGUAAAUGGAUAUGUGGGACAUAAUAGUGCUUCUACGUUGUGCAAUCAAUGGUAGACAAGGAGCCAUUAGGCAAAUUUACACCAGAGUUAUGUUUUAAUGCACAUGUGCACACAACACAUGGAAACUGAAUAAACUGCUGAAUCCUUAAGGCAGCACUAACUUUUUGGGCUCUCGUGGGUAUAAUAUCCAAAGUAGUUGCUGCAGCAAUGUUGCUUUUUUCACAGAGGAAGAUGUUUGCUGGGAAAUUUUGUUUAGUGUCUCACUUUGUUGCCUGUCGCUGAAAAAAAAAAACCCUUCCCCUACAACCAUAAAACUGCCUAGCUUGUCAACUCCAUCAGUGAGAAUGGUCUGGACAGCAGGAAGCUGCUUCUGAAAUGUGCUGUCACAGUCUCACCCCAAUGUAGAGGAACUGAAUGUGUUUUCCCACAAGCAGUCAGCAGUGUGCACAUGUCUUCCCUGAAAAUAGCUGAUAAUUUGUACAACAUGUAAUGUAAUUGAUCGAUUUUUGAUCCUUACCCUGUGUAUGCACCGCAUGUAUUUAAGGCCUCAUUUGAAGGUAAUUCCUGAUGUGAAAUUUUGUGUAAUAUGUAUAUGUUGAUUCUAGAAAAAAAACUUCACACUAAAUCUUAUUUAUGUUAAUAUGUUCUUGUUACACAUCCUUUUUGACAUAUGUAUAUACAUGUAAA